CUUGUGUAAAAUUCCACUUAAGCGACUCUCAUCUUUUACAAUACUUCUACUUUCCAUAUCAAUUUGAAAAAGACGGAAAUUUAGUGAACCAACAUCGCAAGCACCUGUUCUUAUAUAUCUGAAUAAAAUCCAAUCUAUAAUAUAUCUCAGUGAUAUCAGUGAUAUUAGAACCCUCAUUUAGCCAUGGCAUCUCGUCACAAAGAGCCCACUCCAACCGAAGUCGAUUCGGCCUCCGAUGUUGAGGUAAACAUCAACUUCACCUAUAAACCAAGCCCAAAUAUAACUCAGGCUAUGGAAAGCAUUGACAAGUGGAAGUCAAAGCGGAUGGAUAUUCAGAAAGGCAUUGACAAGGAUUCUACGAACAAAUUGUCCGGCAUAAAGAACAAGAUCAAAAAGCACUACCAUGAUGAAACACAGAAAAGGACCGCCUAUAGCCAGCAGCGACUCCAGCGACUGAUAGCAGCGCUCGAGAAACGGACAGCUAUCGAGGAAAAGAUCAGUACUCGGAUCGACGCUCUCCGAGAAGACUGCGCCCACAUGGCUAUGUUGAUCAAUGCGGUAUAUGUCGGCCGCAAAGAAGCUGCCACCCAAUCAGCAAGACUUGCUAACCCCAGCCAACCCACCAACUAG